AUGAAUUAUCCAGGACAACUUAAUGUACGUCGCGCUGUAACCUGUCACAUCAAGUUUGGAAAUUCUUUUGGAAUACCGGAGCAAAUUCUGCAUGUUGUUCCAAUGAUUGGACCCUUGAUCUUUGGAAAUAACAAG